GCGGCUGUCGGAUUGUUCUGGAAAGGACGGAGGGAAAAUGGCGGAGGGCGGAGGACGUCGCAGCAAGUGGGACCAACCGGGGCCCAGCUUCAACGGCACCCUUCCGGGGGUGAUGCCCGCCCCGGUUUCCAUGCCAACAGCGCCCCUUGUCCCUGGGACCGGAGCUCCGAGCUCUGGGGUGGGGUCGGGGUCCGUGACCCCCGCCUCUGGAGCUCUGGACGCAGCGGCAGCAGUGGCAGCCAAGAUCAAUGCCAUGCUGAUGGCCAAGGGCAAACUCAAGCCCAGCCCGAGCGUUCCCGAACAGGUCUCGCUUCCCGGCAAGAUGGGGGUUGGCACCAAAAACAAGGACGACCUGGUGGUGGCCGAGGUGGAGAUCAACGACGUCCCCAUCAGCUGCCGGAACCUGCUGACCCGUGGACAGACUCAGGACGAGGGACCGAGCCCUGUGCCUCACAUUCAAGGCCAGACGCGUGACGUUGUCGACAAGGCGGUUAAUCGAAUUAAAGAGAUCAUUGCGAAUGGGGUGGUGAAAGCCCAGGCCUCUUCUGCCUCCACAUUCAACGAUGCCAUGGUUACCGUGUACCAUCAGCCAGCCCCGGCUGCGCACCCUUCGACGGCCACGACAAAAUCGCAGGCUGGGAUGCACUACGUGCAGGAUAAGGUGUUUGUGGGUCUUGAGCAAACCACGCCAGCCUUUAACAUCAAGGAGAAGGUGGAGGGUCCAGGUGGCUCCUACCUGCAGCACAUCCAAGCCGAGACCGGCGCCAAGGUCUUCCUCCGUGGCAAGGGCUCGGGCUGCCUGGAGCCCGCCUCUGGCAGAGAGGCCUUUGAGCCAAUGUACAUCUAUAUCAGUCAUCCCAAGCCAGAGGGUCUGUCGGCUGCAAGGAAGCUGUGUGAGAGCCUACUGCAGACUGUCCAUAAUGAGCAUUCCCGGUUCCUCAGUCAAAUGAAUUCGUCAGCCAUGCCACCUCAAGGUUACCAGCAGGUCCCAGGAGGAGUUUCCCAGCCGCCUUAUUACCCAGGCCAGGGUUACCACCCCGGCUACCCAAUGAACCCCGUUCCAGUCCAGCCCUCUCCGAGUUCGUACCCGAGGCAGUGCGGUCCCAGUGCGGCGCCCUUCCCAGUGUCGGGGGGCGCACAGCCGCUGGGGAUCCCUGCACAGAAGCCCGCCAUCGGUGGAUACGCCCCGCCAUUACCCGUGAGCACGGCCGGUUACAGCGGGAUGCCGGCCGCGGGAAGACCCGGCCCUCUCCCGCCACCCCAGGGGCACAAGAGGCGGUUCACGGAGGAGAGCGAAGAGGAGUCGGCGCUGCUGGGUUACCAGCAUGGACCCAUUCAUAUGACUAAUUUAGGUACAGGGUCCCCUCAGACUGGGAGAAGCGGAGCUGGUGUGAUCUUCGCCGACUCCUCCGGCAGGGAGAAGGAGACGGACAGGCAGCUGAUGCCUCCCCCAAUGCAGCUCCUGGACAAAGGAUUCCCGCAGUCGGAGGACCACCAGCGGAUGUACGGGCCCUCGGCGUCUCUGGAUCGCCCCGAGGAGCCCCUGGCGAAGAUGAGGAGAGGGAGCGAGCAAGGACCCCGGCCAGCGCCCUACGGCAGAGACCCCGCAGACGAGGAGGAUGAGCUGUCCCGGCAGCGACCUGGCGCGGCGCAGAGCUGGAGUGCCGGCUGCCGCUACGCGCUACCUGCCCAGCGGCCUCAGCAGCAGAUGCCCUUCUGGAUGGCACCCUAGAGACCCCCACCACCCCCUCCAUUCGGCCCAGGACUGAGGGCCAGCAGCCCCUUCCCAGCCUGAGAGUCACUGCAGCCCCGGCGACUGUUGGCAGGCAGACUGGGUUUGUCGCAGCGUGUCGGGGCUUGGGUGUCCAUGUGGUCCGAGGGCGUAGAGUGCCAGAGCUCUGAUGUAUUUGUGCUUGUUGGGGGCGGGGUAGGGGUGGGGUGGAGAGGAGAGAGAGCGGUUGCUGGGGAGCGGUGGAGGGGCAGGGGAAGUUUUCCCAAAGUAUUUAGUUCUCUAAAAGUCGCAAAUUUGCUCUUUUUGUUUGUACUUACUCCUUGUUUAGCUGGUAACUGUGGGGCUGAUGUGGGAGGUGGGGGGACGGCAUAUGGGGGGGGGGGGGGCUGCUUUGCACGAUAUGUCAAGGGGCAGGAGUCCGCUACGGGGCUGCGAAAGGGAGUGGGUUGAGCCCCCUCUGCACUGCCUGACGUUCCCCGAUCACUUGCCCCCUCUGUGCCUGGGGACAGGACUCCCACCCAGAGACGAUGCCCGUCUUUCCCCUUCUGUGGGGGCAAGAGCCAUGGGACGAUGGGUUGUCCCCCUGAUGACAGCAACAAGGGACUCAGUCCUGUUAACUGCUGUCCUGGGGCAGACCGGCCGAGAAACCCACUGAUGUGGGGUGUCCAUGGUUGCCUCGCCCUGUGGGACCCACUGUUGCCCUGAUGAGGGGCUCCCUCGUUGCCACCCUGUUUGCUUGCUACUCACACACGAGUUUGAUCACGUCCCAAGCGCUGGUUACGGGCAGAGGCAGCGAUACUGCGGGCACGCAGAAAGGCUCCUCACUCGCUCAUGGUGUUUCCUCUCAAGCCACCUGUGCUGGUUUGGGGUCCUGUGUUGAAUGUCCAUCCCUCGGGAAAGCACGGGAGCUGGUUAAAGCUGGAGCGCUGCGGUGGUCUUCACUCCUUCCCGAAUCUCUCCGGCAGUGCUGAGAGACACAUCUCGGAUGGAGCACAUCACUGCCCAGUCCACGAAAUACUUGACCAGCCAGUGUCACAGAAGCCCGUGUGCGGGAGCUUGCUGUGCGACAGCUGGCUGCCGUUCCUCUGGCCUUGCAGGGCAGUGCGCCCCAGGUGAUGUUUUGGCGGGGGCAGCAUUAACAGCCAGUCCUGGCCUCGGCCCCUGUUGGAAUAUUAAAGCCAUGCAUGUUCCCCUAACCCAUCUAAGCACCAGUCAGACGCUGAUUGUGGUCCAGGGGAGUGUGGUGGGCUCAGUCUGUGAGAGGGUCAGUUACUGGGUUGUUAUAACCUUCUAUUCUCUGGCCUUCUGUAAAUACUGUGACAAAUAUUUUAUUCUGCCCUUUGUAAAUAAAAUGAAGCUGAACCUUG